UAUGACGAACCUUACAAUAGCCUUGAGCACCAGGCUCCAUUCACCCCUUUCCAAAUCAGAAUAUGUCGGCUCAAACACAAGCGGAGGUAGACACCGGUAUUCCCGGGAAGCGGCUCAUUGCUUCUACUAUAGAUGCACAAGCUGUGUCGCGACCUAAUGAAGCCAUCUUUUCUAUUCCGAAAGACGCCUCAGAUCUCUCAAAAGGGUUCCGGGACAUCACAUGCAAAUCUUUUUCAAAUGCGAUCAACCAUGCUGCUGUUUGGCUAGUCACCAAUGUCGGGGCAUUAAGUAAUGCUCCAUUCGAUGCCAUCGCCUACUCAGGCCCGAAUGAUUUGCGAUAUCCCAUUCUAGCAGUCGCAGCGUCGAAAGUUGGAAAGCAAAUCCUGUUCCCGUAUUCUCUGGCGCCUGCUUUGGUCAAGAAGAACAUGAUCCUUUCUACAGGCUGCAAAACUCUUCUUCAUCCGACGAAUGAACGUGAAACGGCACAACAACUUCUCGCUGAUGCUCCGCAUAUCAAGACUGUCACAGUUCCUGAACUUGAUCAUUGGCUUAACGCCAAUGAAAUUGCCCCAUUUCCCUACCCCAAAUCGUAUGAUGAAGGGAAAGACGACCCGUGGCUUAUAUUCCAUACAUCUGGGACCACAGGAUUUCCCAAAAUAAUCACCUACACGAACCGCAUGAUGACUUCGUUCGAUAUUGCGCAAGGACUACCUGAGCAUAAGGAGCAUACUCAGCUUGGCUGGCACAGUCAUAGACGGUGCUUCUCAGUCGUACCGUUGAGCCACUUCUCGGGCUUGUGCGCAGCGCUUCAAGCUCCUUUCUUCUUACAUUCCAUUAUUGUACAAGGCCCAGCAACAAAAGCACCGAGCCCUCGAGGCAUCAUAGAGACGUUAAGAUACAGCCAAGCAAAAGGUUUUGUCGCGCCACCCUUCCUGUUGCGAGCAUUAACACAACAGCCACCUGCACUAGAGAUCCUCAAGAGCCUCGAUUACAUACAAUGGAUUGGGGCCGCUCUUGAUGCAGAAACUGGUAAUUUUCUUUCAAAAUACGUAAAAAUAUGUCCUGCGAUGGGAACGACAGAAUGUGGCCCCUACUUUCUGGAGACAGCCGAUUCUCCCAAAGACUGGGCCUACUAUCGCUUUCAGUCAGGCCAAGGAAUCCAUUUUGAAGAAAGAGGAGAUAAACUAUAUGAGCUAGUAUUCAAGAAAGAUCCCGAUGCCGUAUGGCAACAAGUCUUUUCUGUGUUUCCGGAUACUCCAGUGUAUCAAACAAGAGAUCUGUUCCAACCACAUCCAGACAAAGAAGGACUAUGGGCGUACGUUGGUCGCUCUGAUGAUAUUGUAGUACUUUCAAACAGUGCAAAUAUCGAUGCCGCUUCGGUAGAGGAAACCAUAUCCAAUCAUCCAAGCGUGCAGAUGGGGUUCGUCGGUGGCAACGGACGUGAGCGCCCGUUUCUUGUUAUCGAGCUCACGCCAGCGGCAAGCGAGAUAUUCAAAGAGAAAGGCUUCGAAAUUACCAUGAAAGAAAUAUGGCCGGUAAUAGAAGAGGCAAACAAAGGGCUUUCCAAUUAUACUAGGCUGCGGAAGGAAUUUGUCAUAAUUACUGAGAGCGAAAAGGGUUUGAUGAGGAAUCCAAAAGGAUCACUGGUGCGAGCAGCGAGUGUUAAAAAGUUUGAAGUCGAGAUUGAGCGUCUUUGUGGAGGCAGGGUUGGUAUGAAUCAUUUGAUUAUCUAAGUCCAGGUAUUCACCCAACAGUUCAAUUAUAGCACCCGCAGCUUUCAGCACCGGCUCGAUCGAUGGGCCCCUGUAUUUACCUCUGUCGAAUAUCUUUUUCUGAAUUUCAAUAGCAUCGCGGUUUAGCCCCUAGUAAUUUUCUCAGCGUAGGGUAGGA